UAUACGAUGAAUUAACCAUGUUGGCAUCACCAUUAUGUGUUUUUAUUGUACUUGCAAAUAUACUGAUAUUAUGUUUGAGUUUUCCUGGUAAAAUAUUGGGACCUGGGAUUCCUAUAUUUAGAAAAUUGGAGCCCUGCAAUCCGCCUACAUCGGAUAUUGAUAUAUCAGUGACACAAAGGAAAUUCAAUCGAUCCACUAAUGUGUUUGAUGUAUCCAUAAUAACUCCGUGGCCACUGGGAGAGAACAUCAUUUUGGAGUUGUCAGCUUCUAUAAAGAAAGAAGGAGGGUACAAACCAGGAUACUACUACUUAAAGGACACAUUUUGUGCUAUCAUAAAAACUGUGUUCAACGAUGUGUUCCAGUCAUUUUUAGAAGCCAUAGAAGUCGAAAGCUGUCCUAUACCAAAUGGCACACACAAAGUAAAAGAUUUUUUUUUGGACAAUCAAGAAAUGCCCAAGGAUGUCCUUUAUGGGGAAUAUAAGGCAGAUGCAAAACUUUACAGGAAUGAAGUGCUUGUAGGAUGUAAUGUUGUAUACAUGGAUUUCGAACCCAAGGAUUAAUUGUAAAAGUUUCACAUUCCACAUAAUAUUAUGAAAUUUUACCGUGAAAACGCGUUUUCACCCAGGAAUUUAGGAAAACUAGUUUCAACUAGGUAAAACGCGUUUCCACUAAAAACGGGUUUUCCUGAUAACAUGAAUAUUUUUUCUUCAAUAUUUUCCGUAAGUAACUUGAGAAUAUUAAAUAGGUAUGUACCUCUA